GUUGUGCGGAUUUUUAUUUUUUAUUCGCUUUACGCCUUUUUUUCUGAUAAUUCAAGUGUAAUGCUUGUGUUGUAGAUAAGAUUCAUAACAUUCACUUGCUUUGCAGUGUAUACUUCAUGUGUAUAUUGUGUGAACUUUUGUCUAGUUCAAAGCGCGUGAUGGAAGGGACCUGAGAAGCUAUCUUUCAGAGUUUCUGCAUGCAUGUGAUAAUACUCAUAAUAGUCACUGUCAGUCAUUUAAAUGUUAUUACGACAAAUCAGUUAAUGGUUAACUUGCUUCAAACUGCAGUUUGCAAUGAUGAAACAAGCUGCUAGAAGCAGAGAUGUUGUGCUGCUGCCUCUGAAAGAGGAGUAUGAAGAAACUAUAGCAUCAUUGAAAAGUGAAAUUGGCAAAUUUUGGGAUGAGCUGGAAAGGCUUCAGGCUCAGGUGGGCGAGGUGACAGCUGAGAACGAGACACUCACUGCCCAGCUGGCAGAGGCUACUCGCUGCUCACCUGCAGCAGCAGCAGCAGCUGGUCCAUCCGGAGCCGGUGGUGCCGCCGAUUCUGGCACCAGGGACCAUCAGCUGCAGCUGGAUUUGGCAGUCAAGGAGCGUGACUCAGCGGUGCAGCUGUGGCAGGCCAGCGUUAAGGAGGUGGAGCGGUUGGAGGCAGCGCUGUCGGCCGCCCGGACGGACGGCUCCGACCAGCGGUGGCAGCGGUACACCGAGCAGAUUCGCUCCCAGUACGCGCGGGCGGUCAGCACGGUUACGGCUGAGCUGGCCCGGCAGCGGGAGGAGGCCGAGCGCUCGGCCGCCGCUCUGGCCGCCGCCGAGGAGGCCGCCCGCUCGGCAGAGGCGGCGUCGGUCAGCCACCGUCAGCAGGUGCGGCGUCUGACGGAGCGGCUGACGGAGGCCGACCGACGCGCCCUGGAGCAGGCCGAGCGGCAGCAGCAGCUGGAGGCCGAGCUGGCCCUGCUGUCAGAGUCAGCCGCCUCGCAUGACGAGCGGCUCCGGCGGGCGACGGAGGAGUCGGAGCGGCUCCGUCAGGACCUGAUCGAGGCCCGGGAGCGGUGCGUCCAGCUCAGUCAGCGCGAGGCUGAGGCGCUGGAGAAGAUCAGGGAGGGCGUGGAUGUCGUACAAAACGCCCUCAUCGAAAAGGAGGAGGCCGUACAAAAGGCAGCUCGACUCGAGGGGGAUGUGGCAGACCUGGAGGCGUCUCUGGGCCGGCUGGCUGACGAGGCCGGACUGCGGACCCGUCAGGAAGUCGAUGCCGUGCGCGAACAGGGCAACAAGCGGCUGACCGAGCUAGCUGAGAAACUGCAGCAGAAGGACGCCGAGGAGGUGGAGCACCAGCAGCUGAUGGAGCGACUCCUGCGCGACAAGAAAAAGAUCGAGUCCGAGUACGAGCGAUUGAAGGAGGAGCAUGACCGGUGUCGUUCAGGAGAGGCACAGUGCGCCGCCCUGCAGGAGCUGACUGAACGGCUCUCACGGCUGGAGGAUGCCAGGAUACAGGCUGAGGCCACGGCCGCCGAGCUGACCCGAAAGCUGACCUCGGCGCAGGCCAGACACGCUGUGGAGCUGGAGCGAGCCGCGGAGGACGCCGCCGAGCGCCAGCGCCGCCUGGCGGAGCUCUCAGACACCUGUGAUGAGCUGAUGCACCAGAAGAGGGCUCUGACGGAGGAGCUGGCGGCGGCCCGUACCCAGCAGGACACCGAGCUGGCGGCGGCCACCGAGCGGCGCCGAGAACUGGAGAGAACCGUCAGCUCCCUGGAGCAGAAGCUGCGUCAGAAGGAGCGCCUUCUCAGCGUCGAGAUCCACUCAUUUGAGACGGACCACGAGCACACAAAGGUCGAGCUCCGGCAGCAGCUGAGUGAACAGCAACAGAUGUCGGCCAAGUGGCGCCGUGAGCUGCUCUCUGUGACGGAGCAGACGGAGCGCCGAGUGGCUGACAUGCGGCGCGUCGAGCGUGACCUGGCCCGGCGCAUCACCGAGCUGGAGGACGAGCUGCGGGAGGUCAGCGGACACCGCCUGGAAGCCGAGGAGGACGCCAAACGCUACAAGUACAGAGUGCGAGAGCUGGAGCUGCGUGUUCAGACGGCCGAGAAGCGUUUCCUGACGGUGCGCUCAGAGGCUCGGCGGGUAUCACCCUCGGCGGCGGCCCGAGACCCUCGGCGACACCAGCUGGAGGACUGACGGUAGUGCUGCCCGGGGGGAGGGGUCGGCGAGGGGUCACAAGCUGCGACGCUAGAGCCUUGGAGAAGAUCUGCCGAAUGCCGCUAAGCCGGGUGGACGAAACAGGUAGCGGUGGACGCAGAUAGUGUUGGACUCGACAGCUGUUAAAUAGAGGAUCUCCACGGCUUUCUGAUGCCGCCUCCAGUUCAUCUGAUGAAUAAACGGACGCUCUUGUAGAGUGUAGUAACGAUAGUGUGUAUGGGUGCUCGUGUGUUAGCAAUCGUGUCCAACGGCAACGGAAAAUCACUGCCCACUGAUGUACCGUAUGAAAUAUUUGCAUGUUCGUAUUUUCAUAGUCAUCACCUCGAAUAUCUUGAAUAUCGAGUUUUAAAAGGUGAACUCAUUUGUCUGAACUAGUCAACUGGACAUUUGUGAUACGCAUUAUAGCGACUACUGAUCAAAGGUAUGGGACCAACGAAUAUUCGAUGUCGCUCUUAUCGAACUUGUGUCCAUUGCCCGCGCCCGGUCGUCUUUUGACGAAUCUCAAUGUCAACGGGCUCACUUUCAUUUGAUUAUCCUCAAAUUGAUGUGUCUACAUACCAAUUUGUGUUGAAUGUUCGCCUGUGUGAUGUGUGCUAAAUGGUUUACUGUCGAAACUGUGUGAGCGUGUGAGUGCACAUUUUCGAGAUACAAAGGCAGAUCAAGUACAAACCUAUGUGAAAUACAAUAUAAUGAUUCAGUGAGA